AUCAAUACAUUUUCAGUCGAUAAAUUAUCAAUUAGUGUAGUGGUUAACCAUAAUUAUAUUACUCAACCGAUUCUGCCAAAAUGAAGUUGUCGUUUUUCUUUUUGUUUGUAUCAUCAACGUUAGUUGCCCAGAUAUCUUCUCAUGAAGUCUCCGAAUUCGAGCACGUGAGUAAAAACAUAAUCCAUUCCGUAUACCACCUGCUAGAAUUACCCGCCUUAGAACUGGACAAUACGGUGCCUGGAAAAUCGUUGAAAAAUAAUAUAAAAAUGCUUUUGCUAGGAUUUUCAAUUGAUGGACAGUGGUUCGGGAAGGAAAUGAAUAAGUUCUUAAAUAAUUUGUUGACACCGGAAAUGAAAACAAUCAAAGAAAGUGUAUUAGAAAAUCUGUCAUCUCUGUCACCAGUAAAAAGCCCGGCAAAAGCUAUGAUGAUAUCCAGGGAUUUGUUAAAUGAUUCGUUUUAUAAAUUGCCCGAAGAUAUACAGUUUAAGGUAUUAAGUAUAGGACAUGAUAUUGAUGAACUAUUAAGACAAUUGAAGGAUAAAUAUGUUGACUAUCGUGAACUAAAGAAAGAACACAAAACUACGUAAUAAUAGUCAAUAAGCAAAUAUACAAUAUUAUAAACCUUUAGUUAGAAUAAAAGAUAUGUGAGUGGAAAAAGAACAUA